UAUUAUUAUACUCUUUGAUAUAGUGUUCCGGAACGUAGCUCAGCCGUAGCGCGUAGCAUUUUGCAUGGGCUCUAGCUAACCUACUGAGAAAUUUUCCCGUAGUCGCAUUAUUCAGAUUUAGCCAUCUCAAUCUAUUUUGGUACAAAAGAAUGAUAAGGAUUUCUCAAAACUGAUGACCCACUAUAUUUUUUUUUUACAAACCACUGCAUUUUGUAAUGGAGCGGACGAACUAUCAAUAAAUUAGUCAUAGUGCAGUUAAAUAAGAAAUAGAAACAAUAAUAUGCAAUGGCUAUAUCGUGUCUGGAAGGGGCGAUGGCUGUGUGUCUUAGUGAUGAUAGUGUUGUGUCCUCUGAUAUUAUCGCAAAAAAUCGGUGACCCAUAUAAAAUAUUAGGAAUACACCGCCGCGCCAGUCUUCCUGAAAUUAGAAAAGCGUAUAAACAACUUGCAAAGGAAUGGCAUCCAGACAAAAAUGAGGAUCCAAAUGCAGAAACUCAUUUUGUAGAAAUUAAACAGGCAUAUGAGUUGCUGUCUGAUACAGAACGACGGCAGGCAUAUGAUUUGUAUGGCAUAACUAAUGAAGAUGAUCAUAUGUACAAACAGAGACAUGACUACAGCCAAUAUGCAAGGUUCAGCAAUGAUCCAUAUGAUUUCUUCAGUGCACAUUUCCGUACUCAAGAUCAAGAUAUUACAUUCCUUCACAAAUUGUCUGUUACAACCAGACACUUCGAGAAGCAUAUAGUGGAGCAAAGCGUGCAUACGCCUGCACUGGUGCUGUUUUACUCGGACUGGUGCUUUGAGUGCGUGCGAGUUGCGGGCGCAUGGCGGAAAUUAGCCGCAGCGCUAAGGCCACUUGGCGUGACUACCGCAACCGUACACGCGGCGCAUGAGCCCGGCCUAGCGCGGCGACUCGCGGUGCCAGCCUUGCCCGCGCUGCUCUACGUCAUCGACAGGCAAACCUACAUCUAUAAGGAUAGCCUCUCCUCUCUGCCCAAUAUACUCGAGUACAUGAGAUGGAAGUUUCCGUACCGAAUGAUCUACAGCCUGUCCGACAGCAACCAGGAGCUGUUCCUCAACGACUUCGAGGACAACAAGGUGAAGGCGCUCGUGUUCGAGGAGCGGCAGACCAUCCGGCUGCGGUACCUCAUCACGGCGUUCCGGUACAGGGAAUGGCUCUCGUUCGCGUUUGUGGAUUUAACGUCGCGUGACACCCAGAAGUUGGCCGAGCGCUUUAAGGUGCAACGCAACACCGACACCAUGAUACUCCUGAAGGAGGACUCCACCGAACCCGCGGCCACCGUGAGCACGGCGGACAUCCCCACGCAGACUCUCCACGACCUCAUCGAGGCCAACCAGCUGCUCACCCUGCCGCGACUCUCUUCUCAGAGCGUGCUGGAGCGCGUGUGCCCGCUAGAGUGGCGUGCGGCUCGGCGGCGGCUGUGUUGCGUGGUGGUGGCGCGGUCGGCGCAUGCGCUAGGCGAGUUGCGGGCGCUAGCACGGCGGGCACCUCCCCGACUGCGCUACGCGUACGUGGCGCCGCACGGCCAGCCGCACUUCCUUGCGGCGCUGGCGGGUGCGGCCGACACGCCGCUGGAGCACCGCGUGGUGGUACUCUGGCGCCGCGAGCCCGGCCGCGUGCACUUCGAGUGGCUCAACGAGACGUGGCCGAGCUGCGGGCCCGGCGACCCGUCGCACGGCGAGCGACUCAACCGCACCACGCGAGCGCUGCACCGCCUGGUCACGCGCUUGCUGCACCCAGACGAGGUGCUAGCCUAUGAGGCGCACGUGCAGGAGCUGGUGGACGAGGCAGCGGCGAGUGCGGCGUGGCGUGCCUUCCUCAAGGUGUGCGAGUGGGGGGAGCGUGGACUUCUGGCACUGAGAACAACUCACGCCCUGUCCGCAGCCUCCGUGCUGGCUACCGGGGCUCUGGUACUGGCCGUCGGAUACCUGAUGGCCUACCUCAUACGGGUGGAGGAAGAGGCCGUGCAGCGCCAGAAGGAGGAGCGGCGUCGCGGCGCUGGAGGCCCCGCCCCCGCCGGCUCGGGCCCCGCCCCCUGCGGCCCCGCGCAGCCCGAGAUGAGGCUGCACGAGCUGCGGGCCGAGAAGUACAACGGGCUGGUCAGGCUGCAGAAGCCUGGCUGCCGCACCAUCGUCCUGCUGCUGGACGGUCAGAGCCGGUCGCAGCUUCUCACCAGGUUCCACAGGAUUGUGUGGCCCUACCGCAAGAAUAAGACGUUGGUGUUUGCGUUCCUGUGUGUGGACCGGCACGUGCAAUGGUUCAGCCGCGUGCUGUCGCAGUCUCUGGGCACGGCGGGAGGGGGCGGCGCGACGGGGGCGCCGCUGCGGGUCAACGCCCGCAACUGUGUGGGCACGGUGCUGGCUCUCAACCCGCACCGCAAGUACUUCUGUAUCUACCACCCCAAGCACCCCGAGGGAGCACAGCCGCACAAGCGCACGAGCCGCAUGCGACGGUCGCUGGGUGCAGCCCGCGACCCCGAGGUGGGCGCCUUCAUCGGGUUCACGUCGGAGGCCGACUCCUCCUCCGAGGACGAGCGACGGCCCUCCGAGCCCCUACUGCUGGAGAACCUGCUGGAUGGAUUGGAGAACUGGCUCGACCGGCUGUUCGAGGGCAGCACGCACCGGUACCAUGUCAACUACUGGCCUGAUAUGGCGCCCAAGUGAGGCGCUGGAGUCACAACUUACGUCAAAUUAAACGGCCGAGAGCCAAAGAUUCAUUCAUGCAUCUUAAUUAGCUGUGUCACUGUCAGAUGCGAGGCUGUACCCGGGUGUAGAGGCGGUACACCUACCUAUAUAUUUAAAUGUGACAGUCUCCCUCGGGACACACACGAGCAAAUGCCAGAACUGCUCCAGUGUUAUAACGAGAUAUCGAGAGUCGCGACCCGCCACAAGUCUCCAGUUUCUAGAUAAUUCGUUAAUGUGUUUAUGUUCUCAGGAAAAUGUUGAGAUGCAACUGUCGAAAUGUUUAUUUAUUUUAAAUUUUUCUCUUUGAUUAUUUAGGAUCUAGGUUAUAAAUAUAGCGCGAAUAGCUUUCUAACUAGUAAUCGAAAAUAACUAAAGUAAACUAGUCGCGACGUAUCUAUGUCAGUUCAUUGUUUUAGCUGGUACCACAGCCUCUCUUCUCCAAGCACUACAGGCCAUUUUUGGCCCUCCUAUUAAUUACUUUGUUGUAGAUAAAACUUGAACCCUGAAGCAUAAAGGAUAACUUAUAUUGUUUUUUUUUUUAUGAUAAUAAGGGACGAGAUGAGCAGGACGUUCAGCUGGUGGUAAUUUUACGCCCUGCCCAUUACAAUGCAGUGCCGCUCAGGAUUCUUGAAAAACUCAAAAAUUCUGAGCGGCAUCACAAUUGCGCUCGUCACCUUGAGACAUAAGAUGUUAAGUCUCAUUUGCCCAGUAAUUUCACUAGCUACGGCGCCUUUCAGACCGAAACACAGUAAUGCAUACACAUUACAGCUUCACGGCAGAAAUAGGCGCCGUUGUAGUACCCAUAAUCUAGCCGGCAUCCUGUAAAGGAGCCUCCGACUGGUACUAUUGUGAUAUGGUCACUAUAAAUGUUGUUAGGUUAGUUAAUUAUGCAAUAACUUAAUACAGAAGGACCCUUAACUUGCCACUGAAUAAAAAGGCAUUUAUUUUCUCUAAAUUGAAUUCUUUUUGAAGUCAUUUCUAACACUACCACCGCUUAAGAAACAAGUGGUGCUCUCAGAGAGAAGAAGCAGCGCAAGAAACUGUCCCAGCAUUGUUAUUGCUAUAAUAUAAUCAUAAUCUAGUCCCAGAUUCUCUGAUCACUUAUGUAUAGCCUUAGAGUAGUAGGAUUUACGACAGAGCCAAUUUUUUAAUAAAACAUUUAAAUUUAUUUAUUGAUAACGCCCAUUAUUUAAAGAUUAAAUAAAAUUGACAAAAAUAAA